UGCAGAAAAAUAUAGGGCGGCCAUUUUUUUGUAGCCACCCGAGUUCUGUUUUACCAUAGACAUGCUACAGGAAAAUGGCCUCCAAUUUACGUGUACCACUGGACUCCACACGUCAUCACAGAGCGCCAGCCCGAGAUCAACAUGGGGGUGACAUGUGUUUCACAGUUUCCAUUAGCGGAAGGGAAAAGUGUACAGCAAACUGUUGAAAUCCUUACUCGUAAGCUGGAGCAGCUAGGAGCUGAGAAACAAGGGACAUUUUAUGUGGACUGUGAAACCUACCACACUGCUGGGACCAAUGUCGGGACAACAGGUCAGUCUGGGAAACUUCUUUACAUCAUGCAUUGCUCAGAACACCCUCUCAGUACCUUUGCUCUGUUUGAGAAUGGUCCCUGCUUAGUUGCUGACCAGAACCUGGAUGUACUGAUGAUAAAACUUAAAGGAUUUUUCCAAAAUGCAAAAGCCAACAAGAUGGAGACCCGUGGCACACGCUACCAGUAUUGUGAUUUCCUUGUCAAGAUUGGUACAGUUACUAUGGGACAAAGUGGUCGAGGAAUAUCUGUUGAGGUGGACUAUUGCCCCUGUUCCGUGCCAGGAGAUUGCUGGAAUUUAAUGGUGGAGUUUAUGCAGAGCCUUAUGGGUAGUCAUGCACCAACUGUUCCCCCUGUUUUCAGUUCCAAACAUGAUGCAUUGUAUACACCAGCUGACACCAUGGUGCAGUACAUGGAGCUGCUUAACAAGAUUCGAAAGCUGCAGGGCACAGUGACUGGAAUGAGAUUAUGAGAGUGGCACAUCUAAUCCUACUUUUUACUGACAAAGUGGUUCUUUGCUAACUUCACAACACAGAGCAGAGUAGAAGAAAGGAAGUGUUACUGAUACAUUGGGAAAAAUGUUAGGACUUAGCAUAUGGCUUAUUAAAGUUCAACUGUCAUGAAAUAUUGGUGCAAUAACCUGCACACAGCCUUUGUACUGUGUGCAGGGGGUGUGUAUAGCAAUAUUUUUAUCUGAAAUUUGCAGGCUUUCAUGAUGCCAAAAAAUGCUUUUAUUCUAAGCCACUGAAGGUCGGAUUGGUGUGAUGUGAGGUUCGCAAUGCCCCGCCGCCACCACGCCCACCCCGUAUGUCAGCGCUGGGACUGCUGUGUGAUUGACGCACAGGUCCCAGCGCAUGCGCCCUUCAACUAAUCUAAUGUGCGUGCCGCUGUGUGUCAUCCAGCAAGCGCUUGCUCCCACCGCAGUCUUCUUCCUCAGUGCGCCUGCGCAGUGCUGGGUGCAUAGAGCACGCUUCCUCUCGGACCUAGUAUCGAGAACUAACCUGAUUGCGCGCUGCUCUGCGUGGGGUAGGCUGCGGCAGGGCAACGCGUACCUUGCGCCACGCCUAUCCAACCGUCAGUGGCUUUGAAUAAAAACAUUUUUUUUCGUCAUGAAGGCCUGCAAAUUUCAAGUAAAAAUAUUGCUAUACACACCACCUGCACACAGUACACAGGCUGUGUGCAGGUUAUUGCACCAAGAUUUCAUGCGCUUUAAAGAUGUACUUACAGAUGACUUUUAUGCAGGACUUUAAGUGUUGCUAGCAAAGAGUUUCCAUGUAGAAUAAAAAAAAAUAUUUUCCAUGUAUUUCUGAAACAGGAAUCUUCUUAGAAUACUUGUAGAUCAGUGCAUAAAGUGAUGCCAGGGGAAGAGUGUGCAGAUAUUUGGUAUUGUUGCUUGCGGAAAAAUGUAUCAUCUUUCUACACCUGAAUUUGGGCAGACAUGUCAAAUGUUUUGACUGGCCUCAGGUUACAAUAUUUUUAACAUACAAUGGUCUUUUCUGGACCAUUGUAACUUGAAACCAGACUCAACAUACAAUGCUACAGACAGUCCAGAUCUGUGAAAUAUGUCAAUGACUGGAAGAAAAGAUCAUUUAGAAUGGGAAUUUCAUUGGUAAAACAACUGUAUUACUGAAGUGUAUGCACUGACUAGCUGUCUGGUAGCCCCUCUCUACAAUACAGGGAGGUACUACAUGUUCUGUAAUACAUGUGCCGCGGUUAGCUGCACCAUUGGCCACCAGGUAAGGUCAGCUCCAUGUUACUUUUUAGGACAUUGCGUGUACUGUACAGGACCCUGAAGAAGCUCCUGUCCUCUUCAUAGACAAUGAUUUACAGCUUCCAUUCAGCUCUUUUUUUACUUUUAUAUGUAAGGACUUGCUUUAUCUUUAUUUCGGUAGUUAUCUACUUAUGUUUCUUUAAUCCUCACUUCCUCCUAUUUUUGGGUGACAUUUUGGGGCUUAAAAACCAAUUACCAGGUUUCCAUAGAGUUAUAGUCUUAUAGGAGAACUCCAGCAAAAACUAACUGAUCCCCUAUCUACGGAAUAUUAUUAGUAAUAGUAGCUGAUUGCAGGGAGUCCGACAAUUGGGACCCCCGAAAUCUCUGUAAUGGGACCUGGCUCUCAGUGAGAAGCACGUGCUGACAGCAUGCACUCCAUUAAUUUCUAUUUGAG